AUCAUUGUCACCUAUACUCUGGAAUGUGCUUCCCGAGGGUUCCCUCUUAGCCGUCGCCGGCUCCAAGAUCAUGCUGAAAAGAUACUCCGUGCACGCCUUGGUGGUAGCUUUCCUCAAGAUGGUCUCGGCAUCAACUGGUCCGAUCGUUUUAUUGAGCGAAACAACAAACACUUGAAAAAGUGUUGGUCACGUCCUCUGGAUGGCAAACGGGGC